AUGUAUGAUGUGGAAGACACUGGCGUGUAUGUCUACAUUAGAGGCGUGUAUGCCUACAUUAGUGGCUUGUAUGCCUACAAUAGUGGUGUGUAUGCCUACAUUAGUGGCGUUGGCGUGUAUGCCUACAUUAGUGGCGUGAAUGUCUACAUUAGUGGCGUGUAUGCCUACAUUAGUAGCGUGUAUGCCUACAUUAGUGGCGUGUAUGUCUACAUUAGUGGCGUGUAUGCCUACAUUAGUAGCGUGUAUGCCUACAUUAGUGGCGUGUAUGCCUACAUUAGUAGCGUGUAUGCCUACAUUAGUGGUGUGUAUGCCUACAUUAGUGGCGUUUAUGCCUACAUUAAUGGCGUGUAUGCCUACAUUAGUAGCGUGUAUGUCUACAUUAGUGGCGUGUAUGCCUACAUUAGUAGCGUGUAUGCCUACAUUAGUGGCGUGUAUGCCUACAUUAGUAGCGUGUAUGCCUACAUUAGUGGUGUGUAUGCCUACAUUAGUGGCGUUUAUGCCUACAUUAAUGGCGUGUAUGCCUACAUUAGUAGCGUGUAUGCCUAG